GUAGGAGAAGCAGAGAAGCUCUGAACCACGCUAGUGAGCUGUGAUGAGGCCCAGUUUUCCGGGGACGCGGUGGGCGCCUGUGCUGGGGGUGUGGCCUGUGACAGACCGAAACUACAUUUCCCGGCAUGCCUGUGGUGCCAGAACUACCUCUCCCGAAAGCCUGAGCGAGGCUCAUCCGGUCUUCCGCCGCCUCCCGCCCACCGGAACACACUGAGGACAUGAGGAGUCGCUGGGCCUGGCGGCUCCUGGACUCCAAAGGCAACCGGGGCUGCUGGGUUUCAACCCCCCGUCGGCCUUCCUCGCCGGUCCUGCGGAGAGAUUUCUUCACCACCAUAAACAAGGAAGGAUAUGAUAGGAGGCGAGUGGACAUAACUCCUUUAGAGCAAAGGAAAUUAACUUUUGAUACCCAUGCAUUGGUGCAAGACUUGGAAACUCAUGGAUUUGACAAAACACAAGCAGAAACAAUUGUAUCAGCAUUAACCACUUUAUCAAAUGUCACCCUGGAUACUAUCUAUAAGGAGAUGGUCACUCAAGCUCAACAGGAAAUAACAGUACAACAACUCAUGGCUCAUUUGGACUCCAUCAGGAAAGACAUGGUCAUCCUAGAGAAAAGUGAAUUUGCAAAUCUUAGAGCAGAGAAUGAGAAAAUGAAAAUUGAAUUAGACCAAGUUAAACAACAACUAAUACAUGAAACCAGUAGAAUCAGAGCAGAUAAUAAACUGGACAUCAACCUAGAAAGGAGCAGAGUAACAGAUAUGUUUACAGAUCAAGAAAAACAACUUAUGGAAGCAACCACAGAAUUUACAAAAAAGGAUACUCAAACCAAAAGUGUUAUUUCAGAGACCAGUAAUAAAAUUGACACUGAAAUUGCUUUCUUAAAAACACUGAUGGAGUCUAACAAACUUGAGACAAUUCGUUACCUUGCAGCCUCAGUAUUUGCUUGCCUGGCAAUAGCAUUGGGAGUUUACAGAAUCUGGAAGUAGUGUUAAUGCUCCUACUGCUGCUGCUGUUGACUUCAUAGAACACUAAACCAGCAUAGAUUUAUUUUGAACAUUGUCAGUUGCAGCAGAAACUUACAAGAUUAUUCAAAGUAUUAUGGACUAAAGAGAAGCGUUUAAGAAUGCAAAGAGAUAUUUUGUCUUUAUUUGUAUGUGUGUCUUUAUUUUAUUAUUAUUGAAAAGCUACCACACAAAACCUGAUUUCUUUGAAGGGCAUUUUGUCCUUAUCUUUUUGAUGGUUCAUAGAAACUGAACCAGUUUUCUUGUGCUUGUUUGAACAACUGUAUAAAUUGUUAAGAUUUUGUUGGAAUCUGCUGAAAAUUUUGAAAACCUACUCCCUAGCCUAAAUACUAAUUAUUGAACUUUCCUGAUAACUCCUGCAUCAUUACAUUUUUAUAUAAAAUAAAAGAUUAUUA